AUGCUGAAGAAGAAGUCUCAAAACAACCCCUCCCGCUCCUUUUGGAAUCACUCUCCUAGCUCGACUCCUGAACUGUCUCCCACAUCGUCCUCUUCCGAUAGUGAAUUCGACGAAGAGAUGGACUCUUCAUCGGGAUCCCGGCCGAUCAGCUUUUCCGUCCCGCGUGGCGCUUACUGUUCGAUGCGCCCGUCGCUGGAACAAGUCCUCACCAACACCGCUCCUCCCCCGUACACUCUCAGCGCAUUCAUGGCCUACCUUUCUCAGAACCACUGCCUCGAAACCCUUGAAUUCACCCUGGAGGCCAAGCGGUACCGGGAGACGUUUGAAGCAGUUACCCACCAGCUGGGCGAAUACCCCUCCGUCAACAUCGAUUGUCCCGAAUGCCAGCACCUGUGCAUGCUGUGGCAGCGACUCUUGACGGCAUACAUCCUCCCUGGCUCCCCUCGCGAGAUCAACGUGACCAGCGACGUGCGCGGCAACAUCCUCCGCGAGGCCGCCAUCAACCCCCCGCCUCACCCGCAGGUUCUCGACGUCGCCGUCAAGUUGAUCCAUGAACUGAUGGAGGAGUCGAUCUUCAUGCCAUUCCUCAACUCCCAUUCGACAUCCGCCUACAGCAUGCCCUCGUACUCGUCCGAGUUCUCCCCUCCUAGCGAUGACGGCGUGAUGGUGGUCGGCAAGUCGAGCUUCGAAGAGCACACGGAGAAGCGGUCUCGUUCGAAAUCGAAGCGCCUGACUCCCCCGUCGUCCGCCAAGGAACUUGGAUCGCCCUUUGUGGCGGGCAGCCACUCUAGCAAAUCCAACUUUAGCCUCAGCAUGAUGACAAGCCUGGGCAAGUCUGGUCACCGGAGUGGUCAGACGCCGAGUCCUGGUGGUAAUGACCUUUCUCUCACCGAUGAUUCGGGAUCCAACGCUAGCAUGGGAGAACUCAUGACUCCGCCGACUACUCCGCCAUCGACCGACCCGUUCCCGUUUCUCAGCCAGAGCCCCAAGAACCGCACCGAGAACCCUUGGAAGAAAAUGUCCAUGAUACUGGGGUUCAAGAAGCGCGGGAACGCGAGUCGCGACAUGAAGAUCUUUGGCAUGGACGAUUGA